AUGCUACUCGGUUUUGGUUCAAGCCUAGCGUUGCCAGAAUCGCGAAGUGAGAAUCGGCCAUCCGUUCAAAUCGUGUGCCAGUUUCCACCCCAACCGCGGAAGUAUGCGGCGCAGCGCGGCUUGUCUCCGGCGCGCAACUUGUCAACACGUGCUCAAGUUACUCCACAGCAAAGUGCAGUGUUCUGGAGACAAGUCAGGCAGCAAGCAGAAUUCAUUUGGCAUGGCGAUGCCGGAAGUUGCCCACAUGGCCCACAAGUUCGCAUUUCUCUUGCCACGCCUCUCGUGCACUGUGGAGAAGCUUCAGGCAAGUGUCGUGUGUUGCAGCCAAGUGGAGUACGCAGGAGCCAGAGUGUGGGUGGAACUCCGAGGGGCACCUAUGACCCGGCCAGGUGUGCGCUUCGAGCGCCUGCGCCCUGCAUCUCGGUAGGGGGACUUUCUGGUGGAAUACACCAUCCGCCCAAGUCGGCCUCGCCGCGCAGAACCGUUCAUGCAUUCGGGUGCUCACAGAAGAGUUACUCUCCCAGGCAGGGGCAGCUGGAUGCUCCGGAGCAGGCCAAACCUGUGUCUCCCCUACGCGCACGCUCCGCACGCUCCGCACGCUCCGCACGCUCCUGUGAAGCGAUGCCGCAGUGGGUGUCCGUACAACGGCCAGUGGUUUUCACACAGAAAUCGACAGCCUCAGCACUGCCUUUCCGCUCUUUUUCUUCCGAUCGCCUGCGGCCGCUGGCGACGGCCCAAGGCCAAGGCCGAUGUCACUCGGCCCCAGUGCUGAGACAGGCCGAGGCUUCUCUCAGUCCAAGGAGUCCAACCUCGGCACCUCGGCUGUGUGGGGGGCCCGUCCUUCGUUUGCCCAGCCCAAGACGUCUCCCCCCACAAGCUCUGCCAGCAAAGAUCUGCCGCAAUCUCCCGCAGCCGCAGGCCGCUGACCGUGCCGCCACCGCCGCCGCUCUGUGCGGAUUCAAAGGCAAAGCACCGCCGGUCUCACGAAGAGUCGCAACGGGACCGCCGGUGGGACCGUCGGGACCGCCUCCGAAGGCGAAAGCGGAGCCUCAGACGACGCAUCGAGCCAAGGCCAAGGCCCAAGGCCCGGGGCCCGGGCCCGGGCUCAGCCUUGAACCAGGCUCAACGCUGCAGAGCCCCACAGCGGCAAGCCCAAGCACAAAGAGAGCUUUCUCAGGGAGUCCACGAGUUGAGGCCGGCGAGAUUCAGAAGACGGUGCACAUCGGUUCUGGGAGCUUCGGCUCUGUUUGGAAGGCGAUUGUUCGUGGACAUUCAGUUGCUGUCAAGAUCUGCCAGCAGACUACAGCCAACGAAAGGCGGGUCACGCUGAAGGAGCUCGGCUUUCUGUGCAACUUGCAUCACCCCCGAUUGGUGUCCUUUUUUGGGUUCGCGCAGACUGCAGACCAGCUAAUCUUCGUUAUGGAGCUGAUGACCGGGGGAAAUUUGUCGGAUCUGCUAUUCUGCAGAAGACCAGUGUUGAGCUUUAGGCAGAAGGCUUUGAUGGGCUGUCAAGUCGCUGAAGGUCUGUCAUAUUUGCACGAACGGCACGUUAUUCAUCGAGACCUGAAGACCAUGAAUGUCGUGCUGGAUGCCUCGCUGAAUUGCAAACUCUGUGACUUUGGCCUCACUCUGUAUCUGGACCCAGAUACCACGCACAUGACGGUGUGCGGAUUGCAGGGCUCCCCCAGGUACAUGGCACCAGAGCAGCUCGAGACCGAGACGAAUAACGUUCGCAUAUCGGAAAAGGUGGACAUUUGGCAGAUGGGUUGCGUGAUGCUGGAGCUCUUCUGUGCCGUGGUGCCCUUCAGCAGCCUCAGCGAUGUGGCCGCGAUCAUCUCGGAGUUGAUCGUAAAGAAGAACGGCCCGACCAUUCCUGAUGAUGCCGAUCCGCGACGAUGGAAUGUGAUGUGGCUGCCUUACUGCCUGACAUCUGGCCGGCUUGGCGGCUGCAAGCUUGGCGAACGUGACGGCCCGGUGCAUUCUAUGGCGGAUGACAGUGCAAGCAACUGCAAACAUACCACGGACCAUGACUUCAAACGGUUGAGCAUGGACAAUGGCUUCAACCUCUUUGCGAUUCCUCCAUUGGUGCUUCUGACAGGUUGGUCUUUGGCAAAGCCGUCACCAGCAGCUCACAAAGCAUUGUCAUGGAGCGUGUUGAGCUACACGAUGUUGGAUACGAUCUACAACCUGAUGGUGCCUGAGUGCCAACCCUCGAGGCGGCGCUGGGCCAGCAUUCUGCUUCACCACGUGACGGCUGCUUGGCUCGUUUGCUUUCCUCUUAGCCACGAAGGCUUCGCGCACCUGACGGCAUACUGCACUGCAGUCGAGCUCAAUACAAUGUGCUUCGCCAUCUACAAGGCUUUCAAGGGGCCAGCAACGCGUGCCGCUCAUCUGCUCACCUGGGUGGUUCUCAGACUUGGCUGGUAUCCGUACCUCGUGUACCACUUUCACCAAGUCGUCCGCGGAGCUGGAUUUGCAGUUGGCAGUUACGGGUACUGCCAGUCGGUUGGAUCACAAGUGAUCCUUUGCAGCCUGAACUUCUUCUGGACCGUCGAGGUAGCUCUUGGCAUGAUGCAAUCGACACAGAAGCAGAACGGCGAGCAUCUUCACCGCAGUUAG